AUGCAUUUCUCCAAGGUUCUUGCUAUCGUGGCUGCCAUCGCCCCCGCCAGCGUGUACGGUUACGCGGUGGCCAACGUCGACCUGAACUACUGGGAUGCCUGUGCCGCGGGCGAAGUGCCGCAGGACGAGCCGAAACACACGAGCACUGUGUCGGUCGCGCAGGGGUCGUGCCAGAAGAUGGACGUCGAGCAGCGGUGGACGGUCCACGGCUACUCCGUCGACGGGUGGCUCAUCACCGACGACGCGAAGCACGAGUGCUUCGGUGUCACGCUGUACACCUCUCCGGACUGCACCGGCAAGCCGCAGUACGUGCUGCCCUUCGAGCAGGGGUCGGACCGCGCAAAUGGCGUGUGUAUGCACAUGGCCGAUCUCUUCAGUCGCGACGUCUCCUUCCAGCUUGAGUGUAAAAGCGCCAAGGACAUGUCGGGCACUGUCCACCAGGGUACCAGUCCUCUGGCUGCGUUGAACAAGGGUGGUGACCAGGGCGCCGGACUCCCUGGCUUGGGUGCACUGGGCCUGUAG